AUGCCCUUCGGUCUGAGAAAUGCCGGCUCCACCUACCAACGCGCGAUGCAAAACAUCUUUGACGACAUGCUUCAUAAGUGGGUUGAAUGCUAUGUUGAUGACUUGGUGGUGAAGACGAAGAGUAGGCGUUACCACCUUGUAGACCUUCGAAUUGUUUUUGAAAGGUUAAGAAAAUUCGACUUGAAGAUGAAUCCACUCAAGUGUGAAUUUGGAGUUACCUCAGGAAAGUUUCUUGUCUUCAUUGUGUGUCAUCGUGGAAUUGAAGUUGAUCCUGCAAAGAUUGACACCAUUCAGAAAAUGCCCAAGCCAAAGAACUUGAGAGAUCUUCGAACCGUGAAAGGACAAGCACUAGCAAAUUUUCUGGUUGAUCACCCUCUUCCGACGGAAUGGGAGCUUUCGGAUGAGUUUCCAUAUGAAGACAUUUUGUUCAUCGAAGAGUUUCCACCAUGGACAAUGUUCUUUGAUGGAUCUGCACGUCGUAAUGGUGCGGGGGCAGGUGUUGUGUUGAUCUCUCCAGAAAGACAAGUCUUGCCAUUCUCUUUUGUUUUAGGUGAAACAUGCUCCCACAAUGCCGCAGAGUACCAAGCUUUGAUCAUCGGUCUCGAAAUGGCAUUAGAAAUGAUGAUUCUACAGUUGGAGAUCUACGGAGACUCUAAGCUGAUCCUCAGCCAACUUUUGGGGAGUUACGAGGUAAUAAAGAAAGAUCUAUUUCCAUACUAUCAAUACGCUUCUGGUUUACUUGAAAAAUUCGACCAAGUGUUCUUAAACCAUGUCCCAAGAGAAGAAAAUUGCAAGGCUGAUGCUUUGGCUAUCUUGGCUACGAUGAUGGCACUUGGAGAGAAUGAUUCAAUAAAGGUAUAUGUGUGUCAUCGAUGGGUUAUUCCUAGACUUCUGGAUCUUCAAAUCAACGAAAGCCAUCAUACGUCUGUUCGAGUGAUUGAAGAAGAAGAUUGGAGGCAACCACUGAUAGAGUACCUUGAACAUGGAAAGUUACCUGAAUAA